CCAGCAUCAAAUAAUUAUUAUUUUAAGGGAAAAUGGAGUUCUUACUUGGUGGUUUAUCUGGAUGUUGUGCUGGUUUUUUCGCAAAUACUUUUGAUGUAAUGAAAACGCGACAACAACUACAAGGUGAACUGAUGAAAGAUGAACAAGUCAAGCACAAACCUUACAAAAAUAUUUACAAAUCUGUGCAGAGCAUCAUUAAAACCGAGGGACUUAGAGGCUUACAAAAAGGUUUAUCAGGGCAGCUCGCAUUCCAAUUUGUGUAUAAUAGCAUUCGUCUAGGCACCUAUCAGACAAUAGAUGAUCUAGGAUUUCUGAGUCGUGACGAGAAUGGAAAAUUAUCGACAUUGAGAUGUGUUGUGGUUGGAGGUUUUUCGGGUUUUAUUGGUGUUUCAUUCGCAUGCCCUUUCUACAUGAUCAAAACUCAACUGCAAUCUCAAUCAAAUAGCGCAAAGUAUGCCGUUGGUUACCAGCACAAGCAUAAAGGCCUUGUCGAUGCUUUAAAAACAACAUACAAUUCACAUGGAAUGAAGGGACUUUGGAAAGGCUAUUCAGCAAUCGUUCCCAGAAAUGUUGUCGGUUCAAGUGUCCAAUUAUCAACUUUUUCAACAUGCAAAGAAAUCAUUGGGCGCUAUGAAUUGUUUUCAAAUUCAAUAUUUUAUGCUGCUGUUGUCUCAAGUUUACUUACUGGAUUUAUUACAUGCAUAUUUAUGACUCCUUUUGAUACAGCAGCAACAAGAAUGUUUAAUCAACCGGUAAGCAAAGAUGGAAAAAGUUUAAUGUACAAAAACAUCUUUGAUUGCUUCAUAAAAGUUACGAAAACCGAGGGAUUCUGGCAUGGAUUCUACAAAGGCUUUUGGCCAAAUUAUUUUCGAAUGUGUCCCCAACAUCUUCUCAACUUGACCUUUUGGGAGCAGUUUAAGAAAUGGAAUAAAGAUUUCAAGAGGUGAUGAGUAACAAUUCUCUUUGUUGUUCGAAAAUCUAGAUUAAUGUAGUGAAAAGGGUAAAAAAAGAAUAAAGAGCGGAACAAUACAAAAGCUUUUAUGCUUUAAGUAAAUAAGAUAAGUGAAGUUAAUCUUCUAUCACACUUGUAACUUAAAACUGCCACUUUCAACUUUGCACAAAAACUUUACAAU